CGCACAAAGUUCUCUUUCUAGGCGCAGAGGAUUUGCAUGCGGCAUUGGCGUUUUGUGCGGCAGCUUGGGUAGCUCGACGCCUCAAGAAGCGCUAAACCACCGCUUUCGCUUUCUCCCUACGAGGCUCUUUUGCUCCAAGCUUCCUUCUUGACCGUGGUCUCUCUUGCUUCUCUCUGUGGCUUUCAACAUGGCGGCCACGAGCGUCGCAGGCUUACCACUGUCCCAACUUUCUUUCAGAGCAGCUACCGUGGACUGCAAACAGCCUUCCGCAGCACGCGCGCAGAGUGUCCACUCUUGGUCAGCAUUGCCGCGUUUCUUAGCACGGAGAGCCGGAUCACAGUCAGCAGCGUGCAGUUUGAAGUCGGCGCAUUCGCAGCUGUUGGGGAGGCGCUUUGCGGGCGUGGAGAGGCGGCGGUGUUUUGGUGUGCAAUUAGCUGACAGUCAGAAUUUCCGGCCCAGCAGAAGCGAUAUUUUGAGAAAGGGAGCCGCUGCCGGCGCAAUUGUCGCAAUGACGAGCGGCGUGGCGGUCCCGUCCUCAGCCACAGCGCAGCCAGCGGCGGUUCCCUUCAAGCCGGAGGGGUACAACUACUGGAAGUGGCGAGGGCACAAGAUACAUUACAUAGAAGAAGGGGAGGGCCCACCUAUUGUUCUGGUACAUGGCUUUGGGGCGAGCGCGUUCCAUUGGAGGUACAACAUCCCCGAGCUAGCCAAAAAGCACAAGGUUUAUGCACUCGACCUACUGGGUUUCGGCUGGAGCGACAAGGCGCUGGUUGAUUACAACGCCGCGCUAUGGCGGGAUCAAGUUGCGGACUUCAUCAGGGAAAAGGCGGGCGGGGGGCCGGUUGUCUUGGCUGGAAACAGUAUCGGAGGCUUCACCGUUCUGUCGACCGCGGCCAAGAACCCGGAACUGGUUAAGGGGCUCGUCCUCCUGAACGUGGCCGGCAAAUUCGCUGACAAGGACGAGAAGCCGCCCGUUGUUGCCGGAAGCGAGGUCGCCCAGGAGUUGGACGAAGCGGACGUCGACGAUCUUGCGUCCGCGCAGCAGCCGGAGACGAUGAUGGAUCGGCUGACGGCUCCUGUGAAACAGGCCGCUCAGCGCGGGAUGCUGCUCUUCGCGUUUUACCAGGCGCGCCUCCCGACGCGCGUGAAAAGCGUGUUGCAACAGGUGUACAUUGAUAAGACAAACGUAGACGAUUACUUGGUCGACUCCAUUACCCAGCCUGCAUACGGUCCGAACGCCGCGGAGGUCUACUACAGAUUGGUGACGCAAGUUAUGCUCGGUCCGGGGUCAACGACCAUAGACAAGCUCCUAACCCGGUUAAGCAUGCCGCUUCUGUUAUUGUGGGGCGACCUAGACCCGUGGAUGGGUCCGAGCAAAGCGGCCCGGAUCCAGGAGUUGUAUCCGAAAGCGGAUAGAGUGAGCUUGCAAAGCGGGCACUGCCCGCACGACGAGUCGCCCGCCGAGACGAAUAAAGCGCUACUGGACUGGAUGGCUAAGUUGGCCUAGGUUAUUGGAACUCAUUGAAGCUUCCCCUGCAUCUGUGCACGCAUCGUUGCAUUUCGAUUGAGUGUAUCGGAAGGCAGCGGAGAGUUAGCGUAGGGUGCGUUGAAUAAUGCUCAGUUAGAUGGGCAUCAUGCAAUACUCAUGCCAACCGCUGCCAGGCAAAGUUGUUUGAACUGGAAGCAUAAUAUGUGCUUGCUUAGAUUUGUAAUUGCUGGGGACUUACCAGUUUCGUUGCAGUUGUUUAGUGAGCAUAUGGCGUUCAGCAAAACUGUAGAUUAGACCUUCGGCUAGUCAAUCAGAAAGAAGAUUUCGAGUGACCGCCUGUGUACAUAAAACUUCCAUCAGGGUGAUUGCAAAGUAAGUCGCGAAUCUGAAAAUGUCGUGAUUGGAUAUUCAUCGAAUCUCACGC